AUGCAGUCCAUCAGAGACUUGAAGGCCAACUUCAACGGCCCUCCUCCCUCCGCCAUGGCUUCGGGUGAUGCUUAUCUCCAGGGCAACAUCCGCAUGACUCUGGAGGACCCCGAACUGUGGAGGACCUUUCAUGGGAUCGGAACAGAGAUGAUCAUCACAAAGCCGGGACGGAGAAUGUUUCCACACUGCAAAGUCAAUCUGUCCGGUCUUAUUCCUUGCGCCAAGUACAUUUUACUGGUUGAUAUGGUGCCAGAGGAUGGCUUCAGAUACAAGUGGAAUAAAGAGAAAUGGGAGGUGGCGGGAAAAGCGGAGCCUCAGCCCCCCUGCAGGACGUACCUGCACCCCGACUCGCCCGCCCCGGGGAGCCACUGGAUGAAGCAGUCCAUCUCCUUCCUCAAGCUCAAGCUCACCAACAAUACGCUCGACCAACACGGACAUAUUAUCUUGCACUCGAUGCACCGCUACCAUCCGCGCUUCCACAUCGUUCAAGCCGACGACCUGUUCAGUGUUCGCUGGAGCGUGUUCCAAACUUUCACCUUCCCGGAGACGUCCUUCACAGCAGUCACCGCCUACCAGAACACAAAGAUCACCAAGCUGAAGAUCGACCACAAUCCGUUUGCCAAAGGUUUUCGCGACGAAGGCACAACGAAGAAAAGGCGUGCAAACAAGAACAUGGGCGACGUUGACAAAAAAGCCAAACUCUCCCAAAUGAACAGGGACUCUGAGGAGGACAGUCCAUCGGAUGUCUGCAGGUCGUCUUUUGAGGGUUACGAGGGGGACGAAGCGGAGCUGCGGAAGAGGAAGGAGGCGGAGGAGAUCAAGGAGGAGCGCUACUCCCCUUGGUCUGCGGAGAGAGAGCACAGCGCCAGGAACGGGUCUCCUCCUGCUGCUGAAUCACGGGACAUUUACAACACAGAGCAGCAGGUUCCUGCUCCAGCAUCCUACCAGCCUUACAGGUUCCAUGAGUACGGAAAGUCUCCCUCCCCGUCCUCCAGCGUCGGCAGCAGCGCGAGUGGUUCGGGGCGCAGCAGCUUCGAGUCGCGCGUGCCCGAUGUCGCCGUCCCUGACCACGACUCGUCAAAGCCUCGCGCGCAGGAGGUGGCCCCCUCCCCCUGCGCCCCCCAGCAUCUCCCGAGCUCCCAAGACUACCCCGGGGUGCUCAACAUGACUGUGGCCCAAGCAGGCAAGCCGGGCGUCCUCGGCCACCACAUCUACAGCCCCUACGGCGCCGAGCAGCCCGUGGGCCAGUGGAGCGGCUCGGGUCCGGCCCAGUACCCACCGCCUCACCACCUGACCGCCGAUUACACCACGCAAGCUGUGCAUCACGGCUAUCCCCAUGGCAACGUGACGGAGUGGAGCCAGUACCCGCUGUUCUCGUAUUCUUGCUGGUGAGCGCGUCUCAGCUGGAGACUCUGUGACUUUCUCGAUGCUGACACAAUGUUGCUGGCACGGUGUCGCGAGUGCCCGUUGACACGCGGCCCUGCAAUGACGAUACAAAAAAUAAAUAAAUAGGUGAUGCUCAAGCAAUGAGCCGUCCGACUGGCUGGACUGAGACUUGCUACGCCUACUAAAGUGUGCAAUGCCAUACUGAAGAAUUGUUUUAUCGUUGAGUUGUCUAUUUAUUUUGGAUUUCAUUCCAUUUUCUAGUGAAAACAUUAUUUUUGUAAAAAGUAACC